AUGGACUCGCGUGACUAUACGAUCGAUAUGUAUGAACAAGCUUGGUCGAUAAUUUUAGGAGCCGGUCGUAAUCGUCUUCGCUUUUUACACGUUCCCUAUCAAUUCAAUCGAUGGAAUAUCAAUCGGCUUUCGUUCGAUUUACCCACUGUCGAGUAUCUUACUCUUGAAUACAUAUCAACUGAUCAAAUGCUAAUAUUUUUGCGUCAUACACCUAAUCUUGGUCGUCUAAAAGCACAUUUAUAUGGUUUUGAUUGGGGUAAACACCUGUAUACAUUCAAUAUUGUUCUGCCCAAACUAAAACAUCUAAAUUUGAGUUUACAAUAUAUGCGUUCCUUCGAACUAUUCCAUUAUUUCUUUGUUUUAUGUCCACAUUUGACACAUUUAAUACUCAAGUUAAAAGCACGAGAAGAUACAAAGAUGAUACUCGAGCCAAGAGCUUGGCAAACAUUGAUCGAACAAUAUUUACCUAAUCUUCAAUACUUACGACUUCGAUUGAGCAUAUUUUUGAGUCAUCAACAUUAUCGUCACAAUGUUCAAUCACCGUUUGAUCAUGCAGAAUAUUGGUUUCAACGACGACCUCAUUUUCAAGUAAUAAUCAAAAAAAAACUGAAUCCAUGGGAUAUGAGCCGCGUGUGA